AUGCUGCUCUCGUUGCUCCUCGCGGGUUUUUCUUCUAUUUUUAGCUGUGGUUAUGGUGGCAUACUCAUGAUAAACACGACACGGAGUGCGGCUUCGGGCGGUUUCGAGGAGAUUGAUUCCAAGCACAUUGAAUCAACCGAAGAAGAAGAAGCUCAAGAAUUCCACCACGACAGCUAUUUUAGCGAAUCUUACGAGGAAUUUAAA